UAAACCUUGUAAACCUUGUAAACCUCUCACCCCGAAUUUCACUAAUUGGAGGCCGAACUUCGCCUUUGCUUUUACGCCUUCCUCCCAUCCCGUCGAAAAAGGCGAAAAGCUAGGUUGGCUACCUAGUACCUAUAUACUACGCACGACACAACACAACCCGACGAGACGAGACGAUGCGGCGGACACUCCGACUCUUCGCGGCCGUCAAGCCCACCACCACCACCGCCCGAUACCUCGAGCCCGGCGCGCCGACGGGCCUCACGGGCUUGCUAACGCACGGCUCGCCGCGCUCGACCCUCCUGUACCUGUACACGCGCACGCUCGAGAAGCUGCAGGACUUCCCCGAGUCCUCGCUGUACCGGCAGUCCGUCGAGGCGCUGACCAAGCACCGGCUGUCCGUGGUCGAAGCGGCGCAGCCGCCCGGAUACGAGGAGUGGGCGGCGCGCGCGCGCCAGAUCGCCGAGCAGAACCCGGCGCGCUUCCGGGUGUCGACCGUCGGGUCGGGUUCGCCCGCCGAGGGCUCGCUCGCGCUGCAGGUGGCGUCGGGCGGGAAGCUGUUCGUGCACCGGUCGGCGCCGCCGCCGCAGGACGAGCGGUACCUCGAGUGGGACGGGGAGCGGGACGAGGGCCCCGGCAGCGAGGGGCUAAGGGGCGAGGAGGAGAGGCGCGCGCACGAGGCCCUGUUCAAUAAGGAGCCGACCGACGGGCCCGAUACUAAGGUCCAGUGGGAGCCGGAGCCGCAGUUGACUGCUGAUCAGAUCGAGGAGAUCGAGAGCAAGAUCGGAGGAGGCCUGAUUGAAGAGGUGGUGCGAGUUGCCGAGAACGAGCUGAGAUUGGUGGAUAUCAUGAAAGAACACAAGGUAUGGGAGGAGCUAGAAGAGAAGCCCGCCGAGGGCCAAUGGACUUACUUCGAACGGAAUGCGCAAUAAAUGAGUCUGCUUCUCCGAAUUUUUGCCCUACACUUGAGGGAGGGGGUUUUCCGUGGAUCUGCUUCUGGAGGAAUCGUGAAGCAGGUGUACAGUAGAUAAAAAGCAUACACAUACAAGAAGGUGGUCUGCGCUUAGGACGUCUCUAAUGCUACUGUCGCAUGAAUUCGUUGUCAACUAUUGCCAUUAUUACUUAAUGUUUUGUGGGAUCGUAAAAGUUGUGAUUGCGAAAGGGUCUGCCGUGCCGUGUCUACUACCCUUAGUUGAGUAUUCUCUCGUUAGAUCUGGAUACCUGAUAAAUGGAAAGCCCCUGUUCUCUAUAAUACAUUGUCGUCAAUACACCAUACUAGUCAGUAAAGCAUAAUGCUAUUAAGGAGUCGGUAUUCCUUUGCCUGCUAUAUCAAUGGUGGUUACGGGAUGCUUUUGGUAUAGCGAGGUUUAGAUAAUUGAAUUUCCUAUGAUGGAUACUCUUUAGGCAACGUAGGUUAGAUUUCAUUGCUCUGCUACUCAUCGACUCGAAAUAACUCUGCGGUUAAAAUGUUAUGCUACUACAUCCUUCACCUGAGCAUUCCUGAGACCUGAUAGUUUGUUUGUCUACGCACGGUGUACGGAU